UCGCGUUAACGUUCAGCAAUCUACAACAUGCUUUGCUUAUGACCUGUAAGAAAUGCUUUGCUAACGAUGCAGUCUGGCCGGAUCAAUAUUUUUCCAAUACGAUUCUUAUUAUGUCCACGAAAAAGUCGAAAGUUAAAUGUUUUGUAACUGACCCAUGUACCAACAAAGGUUGGUAGUGGUAUAUCGACGUCAAUAUAAACCACUGUCGCUUUCGGUCACAGCUAGUUCCCUAAGUAUAGUAUACAGAGUAAAAGAAGUAAUUUGUCAUCAUGAAGAGUUUAAUAGUUUUGUCCUGUCUGUUGGCCGCCUGUCUUGCCGCUGAUCUCUCAAAAUACGAAAACUUUGACGUAGAGCCAAUCGUCACAAGCGAUAGAUUGUUAAAGGCCUAUAUAAAUUGUUUCCUAGACAAAGGCCGGUGUACGCCUGAAGCCUCCGACUUCAAAAAAGCCUUACCCGACACCAUUGCAACCAACUGCGGGAAGUGCACAGAAAAACAGAAGGCCAACGUCAGGAAAGUGAUUAAAGUUAUACAGCAGAAACAUUCCACAGAAUGGGAAAAACUUGUGAAGAAACAUGAUCCUUCGGGAAAACACCGUGCUGAUUUCGACAAAUUCCUUCUAGGAAGCUAAAUAUUUAUUAAUAAGUUAUUUUGGUUUAGGCCACACUUAUGUGGGGAUGCAUAGGCUUAGUAACUGUUUCAUUUAUAUUGUUCACUUCUUACAUGUUUUACGAUGCUCUCUAUUUCACAACUGUUUUUGUUAUUCAUAGAUAAGUUUAAGCAAAUAUGUUGCUCUAAUUAAUUGUGAUAAACAAAAUUCUUUGAGUACGUAAGCUAUAAAAGUGGAAGGAAACUGGAGUUUAUAAUACUUUUUAUUUAUUGUUGAACGGACAAAGAUAUUGACUGAUAUUGUAUACAUUAAAUAUCUACUUUAAAUA